AUGACAAACCUCAAGCACCUUGCGCUACUUGGUGCGGCCGUCGUCCCAGGGCUGGCACUGCCCAAGGCGGCCGAUUUCCUCGAUUCCAGGCAGGCGUCGGUCUUCCCCAGCAAGUUCGAGUGGACCUCAACGGAUGCUCUUGUCGGCCCCAAGAAUGACGGUCGCGGAAUUGCCGGCAUCAAAGAUCCCUCGAUCAUCCUGAAAGACAAUGUGUACCAUGUCUUCGCAAGCACUGCCAAAGAUGAGGGAUACAAUCUAGUGUACUUCAACUUCACCAACUUCAAGGACGCUGGCAAAGCCCCAUUCUACUAUCUGGACCAAUCCAGCAUUGGCACUGGAUAUCGCGCAGCGCCUGAAGUAUUCUACUUCGCACCUCAGAAGCUAUGGUAUCUCGUCUACCAAAACGGGAAUGCAGCAUACUCAACGAACCCGGACAUCAGCAACCCCAAGGGAUGGACUGCGCCGAAGACCUUCUAUAACGGCACACCAAAGACAAUCGAAGAUCGGCUUACUGGUGGAUACUGGGUGGAUAUGUGGGUCAUUUGCGACGACAAGAACUGUCAUCUCUUCUCCUCGGAUGAUAAUGGACGUCUCUACCGCUCCCAGACGCCUGUUUCCCAGUUCCCCAACGGCAUGAGCGAGCCCGUCAUCGCCAUGGAAGAGAAGAGAAAGGAAGACAUGUUUGAAGCGUCGAACAUCUACAGGUACGCUAGUGGGAAAUAUCUGCUUCUCGUGGAAUGCAUCGGCAGCACGGGUCGCUAUUUCCGUUCGUGGACAUCGACAGAUAUUGCCGGCCCCUGGAAACCACUUGCGGAUAAGGAAAGCAACCCCUUCCUCGGCGCUAGCAACGUCAAGUUUACGGGUAAACAAUGGACCAAGAGCAUCAGCCAUGGCGAGCUCAUCAGAACAAGUCAUGACCAGACACUGUCCAUUGAUCCGUGUAAGAUGAGAUACUUGUACCAGGGCGUCGAUCCAACGGUUGAUGUGAGCUAUAAUUCCCUCCCGUGGAGGCUGGGGUUGGCCGAACACAAGAAUCCGGCAUGUUAG